AUGGCGACCAAAACACGAUAUACAGACCGCCUUAUCCCUCAAAUCUCCCUCCAUGACUUUGACUCUAGAAUCGAUGAAAUCACAUCCGAACUAAUUCAUGCUGCCGAAAACGUCGGUUUCUUCACAGUCAUCGAUCAUGGCCUCUCCAACGACGAAAUUGAAAGCAUGUUCUCUAACUCACAACGCUUUUUUGACCUCCCCGACGAGGUCAAGGCAACAGUGCCCUGGAGUUCGAAGAACGUCGGAUGGGAGAAAAACGCCCAAGUCCGGCCGUCAACUGGGAUGCCUGAUACAAAGGAGUCUUAUCAACUCCAGUUUGGGGAGAAUAUGAAUGAUGUCUGGAUUGAUGAGAGUCAUCUGCCGGGGUUUAAGACUACUUCGUUGGAGUUUAUGUAUCGAGUACAGGGAAUCUCAGAAAAACUGAUGCGUUGUUUUGCACGCGGGUUAGCAUUUCCGGAAGAUUUCUUCAUCAAAGCCCAUGAUGUCUCUCGGCCUAAUUCUCAAACCGUGUGUCGACUACUACACUAUUUUGCACUACCCGAAGAAUCAGACGGCAAAGUCUACCAUAGAGCAGGCGCACACGCCGAUUGGGAUUUCUUGACCCUCCUCUUCCAAAAGGCCGGCCAGAGCGGUCUCGAAAUCUGUCCCGGCCGCGAAGUUGUUACCGAGUUCGGCAUUGGCGACCUAUGGACAAAGAUUGAACCCAAAACUGGGGAGAUUGCACCCAGUGAACCAGGUGACUACUAUGGCGAUCGGUACAGUAUCGCAUUCUUCAAUCAGCCUUUCUCGGACGCGACGAUCCAGGGACCGCUGAAGAAGUAUCCCAUGGUUACUGGGCAGCAGUUUACGGCGAACGCAAUGAAGAGGAAUUUUGCAGCUCUGCAGGAGAAGUUGAAGUCGAUUGAAGCUGCUGCUUGA